AAAUAUUUUACGUGACUAUUUCAUAUUGGAUUUGUAUUGUUUUCGAAUUUCAUAUAAUGGCAGAAAUUAAAAGUAAUUACGUAGUCAAGUAAAGACGUUUUCGUCAAUCAUGGUUUGUGACUGUUAUGUAACACCUUAGACCUUCUCAUAGGUUAUAUACUUCAAGAUUGGGUUGUUCAACCAUUUGGAUAUUUUUAAAGUCACUGUAGCCAUUGGACAAAACUUUUAACUAAGAUGGUUUAUGGCGAUACUUAGGUUCCUGCGUAGAAACCUAGUAAGCAUAACUUUCCCUACAUUAACUGCAACAUUUAUUUGGCUUGACUGGAAUCACACCAGGCACUGGAAGGCUCUGUCAAAGAAACAGUAAUAUGGCCAUCUUUGGAAUCACAAGCCGCUACAUGUUGUUUGCUGUGCCAUUAACAGGCUUUUUCAUAGGAAAGUAUAUAGAUGACCAGGAAACACUAAGAAUGACAAAUUUUAGGGAUAAAUCUGCACUUUUUGGUGGAAAUGUUAAAGAAGGUGAUGCUCCAUCUUGGCCAUGAAUCUAAUGAAAUAGUUGAAAUAAAUGUAGUUUAUUGAGA